AUGAGCAAAGGACAACCGGAUGAAGUUGUUAUCGAGACGAUAUGCAAUUAUAUGCUGCAGCAAAAUCGACCAUAUAGUGCUGUUGACGUAUGGAAUAAUCUACGACAAGAAUAUCCUAAAGCUCAGAUAAUUAAAUCCUUGGAUGUUGGGGUGGAACGGGGAAUUUUACGCGAGAAACUUAUUUCGAAACAGAAGAUCUAUUUCGCUGAUCAGAGUAAAAUUGAAAAGUGUUGCGAAGAGGAGCUCCAAGUAAUGAACGAAUCUAUUAUUAGAAAGAAGAAUCGCUUGAAUGAACUUAGCAACGAGAUAAAGAUCGCGAAAAAUGAGCUGAAAGAGUAUGGAAGUGCAUUGAGCAUGGAAGAGAUGACUGCGUUGCAGACGACUUUAGAGGCACAGAUAAAGGAAAUGGAGGAACGUAUCAAUGGCAUGGCGACUGAUGCAAAGAACGAAGUUGUAAAUGAGAAAAGAAAGUCUGAACUUAUUGCAAAACAAGAAUCUUAUAAAAGACAGUACACGAAGCGGAAGCGAAUUGCAGAUCAGAUUGUUGAUGCAGUUUGUGAAAAUACCAACAUUUCGAAAGACAAACUGAUGGAAGAUAUGGGCUUUGAAUUUGACUGA